AUGAUCAAGUUUUACAGGGAGCAAGUGAUGGCUCUGCGCGGCCGAGGGGCCAGCAAGGAUGUCAAAAAGAGCUCGUACUACGUCUGGUACUUGGGGGCGAGGGAGGCCAAGGGGGUGGACGCGAUGCCCGGUGCCAUAGAUUACCUCCUGGAGCGCGAGCGGCUGCAGGAGCCUUUCAAGGUCACGCUACAGGUUAGCGGCAAAGGGCUAAAGAUCAUCCAGACGGUCCAUCCGAGCGGCUCGACGAGGUCGGCGGUGAAGCACCUGGUGCCGGGUCACGCGCUACUGGCCGCGGUCCAGAGGGAAGACGUGGUCGCAGCGACGCUCCUGCUGCCGAACCCAGCGAGCAACAAUCCCGUCCACGUGCACGCCUACAGAUGCGACUCGGUGGAGACGGCCGAGCUGCUGGGUGGCCAGUUGAAGUUGCUGGCCUCGCAGUCGGACAGCCUGGCGCGGCUGAACUCGCUGGACACGAGGCUGCGCAGCAACCUGGGCAGCGACGGGCGCAGCACCCGCGAGAGCGAGUCCUCCGAGGGAAGCGGCGAGCUCAGGCACGCGCCCAUCCAGACCACCAGCAUCUACGAGUCCCUGGCGGCCGAGUUGCGCGCCAAACUCGGCAGGGGCAACGGGGAUAGCGACAGCGGGCCCAUACUCCUGCCGCCCCGUGACUACGACACCGUGCACCGGCAGCGCGGCAAUCUCGCGGGUAUAGAGCUGAGACGUUGCCUCAACCAGACGAUCGUCGGCUCGAACGGGCUCUCGUCCCAUCAGGGCCUCAUAACGCCGAUCGUCGAGCGCCCGGGGACCCGCAGCGCGGCCAGCAGCGGCAUCGGCUCCGACAGUGCCGCCACCCCACCGCCUUACCCGGGGCACGGUGGUGCCACCAACAACAACAACAACCAUCCCCUCGGCCCCAGGCCCACAAGGCCCACUCGGGACUCGUCGUCCGACGAGGACUGGGGCGCGCCGACGGAGGACCUCGACUACCUGGCGGACCGGGAGCCAACGAGCGUGAGUCUGCCACGGCUGCCGAGGAGCCCGGACCGAGGGGCCCUGAUAACGUCGUCCUCGGUGCCGGUAGCCAACAGCAAUGGCUCGCCCCUAAGGGCCCACCAGACGCGGGGCACCUCGCCCGUCACCAGCGGCUCGCCAAGCUCGGCGGCCAACAGGUUAUUGCGCAGGAGCGCGGAGCACCGGCAGCGCUCGCCCAGUCCACAGUACCAGCCGCGGGUCUCGCCGGCCGACGGUGGGCUCAACUGCAGUCCCCGGGAGCGUUUCCACGACGCCAAGGAGAUGUUCCGGCAGAUGGAGCGCGAGGCCAUCGUCGCUAGGAUCAACAGCCGGCCGGGCCCCCAUCACAGGUCGGAGCCAGUGUCGCGGCAGUCGUCGUACGAGGAGCCACCCGUCCAAGCCCAGCACCAGCGCCCAAACCGCCAGCAGCAGUUCGUCCAGGCCCUGAGCUCCUCGAGCAGCGGCAGCCAGCCCCAACAGGCCCUCCACGAGCGGCUCAUCAGGCGCGGGGCCGUGCCCCACCACCACCAGGUACCCCCGGAGACCCAACUGGCCGAUAGGUCCCGGCCCAAGCUCCGCACCCACUACCAGGAGCUACAGCAACCACCCGAGCCCGAGCGGCCCCGGCCCAAGAGCUUUUACGAGGUGCCGCUCGCCGCGAGGGAGCUCCGAGGACCCCGUAACCCCGUCGACUCGCGGGAGUUCGCCCGGGGCCUUCACGCCAAGCAGCAGCGCCCGAGGCCGUUUACCUACGGGGAGCUCGCCGAGCACGAGAGGUACCCGGGACUGGACCGGGAGAGCGCCAGACCGGCCCACGAGGGGCCCGCCACCCCGGCCCGCUACAGGCACAGCUACGCCGAGCCACCCAGACUUGGGCUCGCUGCCCUCCAUCCAUACUGA